CUGCAGCGCGGCGCGCAGGGCCGCUGGGGCGAGACAGCCCAGGCGCGGCCAGCGACUCCCCAGCCUUGCGCCUUUGGGGACAGACGCUUCAGGCUCCCGCGAGUGGCCGCGGCAGGUGCAAGCAUCACUACGCCUACUUGCGGAGAAGGAAAGCGAGGUUCAGCGUGCUGGUGGGUCCAGGAUCUCACUGCAGACCUCUGAUUUGUCCGGGACAAGGAGACAUCCACGUGAGCGCCUGCCAUCCCGCCACAUCGGCGCUUUCAUAAUCCUUCAAGGGCGACCCGCGGUAGCCAUGGUGAGCGAAUCCUCGGGGCCAGGCGCUGGGGUCCCCUGGCGGAGAAGCGACGAGGCUCUGCGCGUGAACGUGGGCGGCGUGCGGCGGCUGCUGAGCGCGCGCGCCCUGGCGCGCUUCCCGGGCACGCGGCUGGGCCGCCUGCAGGCCGCGGCGUCGGAGGAGCAGGCGCGGCGCUUGUGCGACGACUACGACGCGGCGGCGCGCGAGUUCUACUUCGACCGGCACCCGGGCUUCUUCCUGGGCCUGCUGCACUUCUACCGCACCGGCCGCCUGCACGUGCUCGACGAGCUGUGCGUCUUCGCCUUCGGCCAGGAGGCCGACUACUGGGGCCUGGGCGAGAGCGCGCUGGCCACGUGCUGCCGCGCGCGCUACCUGGAGCGGCGCGUGGCGCGGCCGCGCGCCUGGGAUGAGGACAGCGACACGCCGAGCAGCGUGGACCCGUGCCCCGACGAGAUCUCGGACGUGCAGCGCGAGCUGGCGCGCUAUGGCGCGGCGCGCUGCGGUCGCCUGCGCCGCCGCCUCUGGCUCACCAUGGAGAACCCGGGCUACUCGCUGCCCAGCAAGCUUUUCAGCUGCGUCUCCAUCGGCGUGGUGCUGGCCUCCAUCGCCGCCAUGUGCAUCCACAGCCUGCCAGAGUACCAGGCCCGCGAGGCGGCGGCCGCCGUGGCUGCGGUGGCUGCGGGCCGCAGCGCGGAAGACGUGCGCGACGACCCGGUGUUGCGACGCCUGGAGUACUUCUGCAUCGCCUGGUUCAGCUUCGAGGUGUCGUCACGCCUCCUGCUGGCGCCCAGCACGCGCAACUUCUUCUGCCACCCGCUCAACCUCAUAGACAUCGUGUCGGUGCUGCCCUUCUAUCUCACGCUGCUGGCCGGCGCCGCUCUCGGUGACCGCGGCGGCGCGGGCGGCGAGGAGCUCGGCGACCUGGGCAAGGUGGUGCAGGUUUUCCGCCUCAUGCGCAUCUUCCGGGUACUGAAAUUGGCGCGCCACUCCACCGGGCUGCGUUCCCUGGGCGCCACGCUCAAGCACAGCUACCGCGAGGUGGGCAUCUUACUGCUGUACCUGGCCGUCGGGGUGUCAGUGUUCUCCGGUGUGGCCUACACAGCCGAGGAGGAGAACGUGGGCUUUGACACCAUCCCCGCCUGCUGGUGGUGGGGCACAGUGAGCAUGACCACCGUGGGCUACGGGGACGUGGUGCCGGUGACGGUGGCUGGCAAGCUGGCCGCCUCAGGCUGCAUCCUGGGUGGCAUCCUGGUGGUGGCGCUCCCUAUCACCAUCAUCUUCAACAAGUUCUCCCACUUCUACCGGCGGCAGAAGGCUCUGGAGGCGGCUGUCCGCAACAGCGGCCACCGAGAGUUUGAGGACUUGCUGAGCAGCGUCGACGGGGUGUCGGAGGCAUCUCUGGAGACGUCCCGAGAGACCUCUCAGGAGGGACGGUCCACAGACCUGGAGAUGCAGGCCCCCCGUGAGCCUCUGAACUCUCAGAGUUAUUAAAACCAGGGCUCUGCACCCCUCCCCCAGCCCCCAGGUCAGCGGAAACAGCAGCUUGUUCCCUGUGCAGGUUCUUCGUGAGCCUCUUGGGACCAGCCGCCUGAGAGACGGAACCCAGGCUGCAUCCCUCCCUCCAAAGGUCCAGGCCAGCACAGUGCUACCUAGAUGCUGUGAGCCCACAGAGCCACUUGGACACCUUUCUUAACCAGCCUCCCCAGCCACGAAGCAGGCAUGAGCCACAGGAUGAAGUGGAAGGAUGCUGACGUUCGGAGCACCUCCUGUGUCGGCCGUAUUUGUCCCCAUGGUGUGAGAUGAGCACUGCCCCCACUUCACAGAUUAGGAGACUGAGGCCUUGAGGAGCAAAGACUCAUCCAGGUGUGGCGGAGUCAGUCCGUGUUUGUGGUCUGCCCGGACAACCUUUCAUCCACUCUCUUCUGCUCUCAGUUUGAUGUGACGUUAGGGGGUCUGUGGUUCCCAGAAUUCAUCCACAGGAGAGAGUCCUCUGUUAGUGAGGGACAGGAACAGAUGGGAUUUGGACGUCGGAGCCCUGGACCUCAGCUGUGGUUCUUUCCUGGGAGCUGUGAGGAUUAGCUCUUAAAUAUGAGUCCUGGGGAGGGGACAGGAACGGCCUCCUAAGCCCAGGUGGGACUGCUGGCAGUACUCUCCCACGCUUCUUCCCAGGGCUGACCGAGAGCAGAUCUGAAGGGGCUCUGCAUCCCAGAGGGAGAGGGAAGCUGAACGGAGCAGAGGAGGCAUGGACUUAAAGCCAGCUCAGCUCUGAAGUGUUGGUGGCAGGGCUACCAUGCAUGUCCCAUUCCGACUGUGGCAGUUCCCUACCCACCACACAGACCUCCAGCCCUACCUCGAGAAGUCAUUGGGUAAAGACUUGAGACCCCUGUCCCUUUUGGCCAGCUCUGGCCCUGUCUUCCUUGGUAGGGGUGGAUCUUUCAUACCCCCAGCCGAAUCCUCCCGGCACCUGUGGAGUUGUCCUCCUGGCCCUUCAUGUCCUCUGGCUAGAGCGCCAUCACUGUGCCCUCAUGACCACACUGAGCCACGAGAUGGGAGGAUUGUUGGGCUGAACCCCAGGCUUGGGGCAGAGCAGGUGUUUGGUACAUGCUGACCAGAUUGACCAGUUCCUAUAGCCUCUGGAUGCCAAGCAUUGAGCCUGGAGAAAAAAUAGCCAGAGAGGGAGGAAUCUUGGACGCCCUUGAAAGAGUGUGUGAAUAAGACCAAAACGGAGGCUGUUCAACUCUGCUUCCCCUGGCCCUGCUUGAUUUUUGAAGUUUUAAUUUUUAUUUAUUUUUCUGUGGUACAAGGGACUGAAUCUAGGAUGUCACACAUGCUAGGCAAGUGCUCUAGCACUGAGCAAUGUCCCUAGUCCCUUUUAUAUUUUAAGACAGAGUCUCUAUAAAUGGCUGAGGCUGGCCUCUAACUUGUGAUCUUCCUGCCUCAGCCUCUUGAGUAGCUGGGACUACAGAUGUGCGCACCAUGCCUGGUUUUCUUAGAAUGACUUCCUUGUAGGUUCAUCACUCACUCAUUCAACAGAUCUUUAUAGGAAGAGUCAUGAGCUGGGGCUUUACAUGUGGCCUAUGGACAUAGUUUGUUCAGCAAUAAUUUAUUAUAAAAAUUAAAAUGCCUUUGGGUGAUGCAUGCACUCUCUAGUUCCCCAUAGCAUCUCCCCCACCACUGUGCCCCCACAUAUAGACACACAUUACCACUAGCGAUGUCACAUCCAGAGUAACAUUUACUUUACCCACCUGACCCCUGAUUUAUUGACUGCAGUUCAAGAGAUAUAAUGAUGGGCAAAACAGAUGUCCCUGUACUCAGGAAGCUACUCAUGCUAGUGGGAAGACAGACUAAUGCAGCAAUCACAAGUGCACAUGGUAGUGAGCUCUGCUAACUGCAGAUGGGUGGGGCCAUUACCUGAGAUCAGCCAAAGCCUCCCCAGCAGGUGGUGAUCCAGCUGUGAUCCAACCCUCUUGAGGGUAAAUAGCUAAAUGGCAAAGGGGACUCUGGGGAGGAGUGUUCCCAGCCUUGGCAGGGUGGUGCAUGAGGGCUUGUGUCUUACACGGGGCCUAGUACAUAGCAGGCCCCCAGCAGACUCGAUCCUCGGUCUCUAGAUUGGAGCAGGGCAGAAGCUAGGCCAGGGGGCCUCUCAGGAACUCCCCACGCAGGAGACCCUGUACACUUGCCUCAGUGUCUGGGCCCAGCCAUGCCCCACUGGAAAGGACCUCAGCUGCAUGUCCCACUCCUGUGGUCUUGCCUAGCACCCCAAGAAGCCAGAUGGCUUCCAGAUUUUCUCACCCCCCACACAAGUCCCUAAAGAUGGUGUGGCAAUAAUCAGGGGAUCAUCAUCCUGUCCAAGUCCACCACGAGGUCGUGUGUUCCUGAGAGAAACGCGGCGGCAGCAGCACCAACAGCAAGCCACUCCACUGUGUCAGUGAAAACCAUUAUG